UGCGUACUUCCGGCUGCAGGGUUGACAUGAAGAAGCAGCGGCUGCUAGGCUGGCGGUAGCGGCAAGAGUCGAGGCUUGCAGUGAGACUGAAGGCUAAGAUCGCGACGCGGCCUGAAGCGGCAGCCGGCUCACUAGGCGGAGGAAGAGACGCAGCAGCCGCCCUGGCCCGUCAUGGAGAUGGAAAAGGAGUUCGAGCAGAUCGACAAGGCUGGUAGCUGGGCGGCCAUUUACCAGGAUAUCCGACAUGAAGCCAGUGACUUCCCAUGUAAAGUGGCCAAGCUUCCUAAAAACAAAAACCGAAACAGGUACAGAGAUGUCAGUCCCUUUGACCAUAGUCGGAUUAAACUACAUCAAGAAGACAAUGACUAUAUCAAUGCUAGUUUGAUAAAAAUGGAAGAAGCCCAAAGGAGCUACAUUCUUACUCAGGGCCCUUUGCCUAACACGUGCGGUCACUUUUGGGAGAUGGUGUGGGAGCAGAAAAGCAGGGGCGUUGUCAUGCUCAACAGAGUGAUGGAGAAGGGAUCGUUAAAAUGUGCACAGUACUGGCCACAAAAAGAAGAAAAAGAAAUGAUCUUUGAAGACACAAACUUGAAGUUAACCUUGAUCUCUGAAGAUAUUAAGUCAUAUUACACAGUACGACAACUAGAAUUGGAAAACAUGACAUCUCAAGAAACUCGAGAGAUUUUACAUUUCCACUAUACCACGUGGCCUGACUUUGGGGUCCCCGAAUCACCAGCUUCGUUCCUGAACUUUCUUUUCAAAGUCCGCGAGUCGGGGUCGCUCAGCCUGGAGCACGGCCCCAUCGUGGUCCAUUGCAGCGCGGGCAUCGGCCGCUCAGGGACUUUCUGCCUCGCUGACACCUGCCUCUUGCUGAUGGACAAACGGAAAGAUCCCUCUUCUGUUGAUAUUAAGAAAGUUCUGUUAGAAAUGAGGAAAUUCCGCAUGGGACUGAUCCAGACAGCAGAUCAGCUCCGCUUCUCCUACCUAGCUGUGAUCGAAGGUGCCAAAUUCAUCAUGGGAGACUCUUCGGUGCAGGAGCAGUGGAAAGAGCUCUCCCACGAGGACCUGGAGCCCCCACCCGAGCAUGUCCCCCCACCACCCCGGCCACCCAAACGAGUACCGGAACCAAACAAUGGGAGAUACAAGGAUUUCUUCCCCAACCACCUCUGGGUGAAGGAUGAAACAGAAGACAGUCAAGGAGACGGCCCCAUUGAGGCGAAAACCAGAAUCCUCGUAAAUGCCCCCCACGACAUGGAAAGCUCAAGUCAGGACACUGAAGUCAGAAGGCGGAUGGUAGGGGGAGAUCCACACGGCACCCCUGUCACCGUCCCCGUCAAGGCGGAGCCCUUGGCACCCGAGGAGGAGGAAGACCAGGCGCUGACUCACUGGAAACCCUUCCUGGUCAACGUGUGCAUGGCCGCGGCCUUCACGGCCGGAGCGUACCUCUGCUACAGGUUCCUGUUCAACAGCAACACAUAA